GCGGGCGGCGCAGGCCGGGCUGGGCCAGCGCACGGCUGCAGCGGCGCCCCGAGCCGGAGGCGGCCCCGCCGAGCGGGCCAUGGCCACCGCCAUUCAGAACCCGCUCAAGUCCCUAGGCGAGGACUUCUACCGCGAGGCCAUCGAGCACUGCCGCAGCUACAACGCCCGCCUGUGCGCCGAGCGCAGCCUGCGCCUGCCCUUCCUCGACUCGCAGACCGGCGUGGCCCAGAACAACUGCUACAUCUGGAUGGAGAAGACGCACCGCGGGCCGGGUCUGGCCCCGGGACAGAUCUACACGUACCCUGCCCGCUGCUGGAGGAAGAAACGGAGACUGAACAUCCUGGAGGACCCCAGACUCCGGCCCUGCGAGUACAAGAUCGACUGUGAGGCGCCCCUGAAGAAGGAGGGUGGCCUCCCCGAAGGGCCGGUCCUUGAAGCUCUCCUGUGUGCUGAGACAGGGGAGAAGAAGAUUGAGCUGAAGGAGGAGGAGACCAUUAUGGACUGUCAGAAACAGCAGCUGCUGGAGUUUCCACACGAGCUCGAGGUGGAAGACUUGGAGGAUGACAUUCCCAGGAGGAAGAACAGAGCCAAAGGAAAGGCAUAUGGCAUCGGGGGUCUCCGGAAACGCCAGGAUACCGCUUCCCUGGAGGACCGAGACAAGCCGUAUGUCUGUGAUAUCUGUGGGAAACGGUAUAAGAACCGGCCGGGACUCAGCUACCACUACACCCACACCCACCUGGCUGAGGAGGAGGGGGAGGAGAACACCGAGCGCCACGCCCUGCCCUUCCACCGGAAAAACAACCAUAAACAGUUUUACAAAGAAUUGGCCUGGGUCCCCGAGGCACAGAGGAAACACACAGCCAAGAAGGCACCCGACGGCACUGUCAUCCCCAACGGCUACUGUGACUUCUGCUUGGGUGGCUCCAAGAAGACAGGGUGUCCCGAGGACCUCAUCUCCUGUGCCGACUGUGGGCGAUCAGGACACCCCUCGUGUUUACAGUUCACGGUGAACAUGACGGCGGCUGUGAGGACCUACCGCUGGCAGUGCAUCGAAUGCAAGUCCUGCAGCCUGUGUGGCACGUCGGAGAACGACGGUGCCAGCUGGGCGGGUCUCACCCCCCAGGACCAGCUGCUGUUUUGUGAUGACUGCGAUCGGGGUUACCACAUGUACUGCCUAAGUCCCCCCAUGGCGGAGCCUCCGGAAGGUGAGAGAAGAGGGAGCUGGAGUUGUCACCUCUGUCUUCGGCACCUGAAAGAAAAGGCCUCGGCCUACAUCACCCUCACCUAGGCCUGGCUCCUGCUCGCCUGGACCUCUGGGGUGGUGCGCGCCCACCUGCCUCUACGAGCCCCCUCAACUCUCCCCCACCUUAACGCCCCACAGUGGGAGGGGGAGGGGGUGAAGCCGGGCAGGGGGCUGGGCCGCCCCCCUCCGUGCAAGUGGAAUGUUUGCCCUGUGGGUUGGUGGGCCCAGCAGGGCUCCUCCCACAUCUUUUCUCCCUCCCCAUCCCUUGGCAAAUGGGCACCAGGACUUCUGCUCCCCUUAAAGCCAUACCCCGCCUCUGGGCGGGCACAGGGGGUAGAUGCCAGCCAGGGGCAUGGGCAGAGCCUUUUUCUAAAGAAAAAGACAAAAAGUCAAAAAAAAAAAAAAAAAGAAAUUAAUAUAUACAAAGAGUCCUAUAAGGCCUGGCUGGGUGGAGGGGCGCUGCCAAGAGCACCCACUGGGCACGGGUCUCUGCCAACUUCCUGCCUGGCUGCCCCGCCCCCACCUCCCAGCUCCUGGCGUUGCAGCUGUCCCAGCUCGGUUCCCAGCUCCCUGCCCAAGGUGGGCACCCUUCCUCCCACGUGCCAGGGCAGGUGGGCGUGGGGCCCCCUCCCUCGCCCCCUCUCAGUGCCCACCGUGGAUCCUGCAUGACGUGAACCAUGGAUUUGGAACUCCGUUCCCCACCCCUCCCCCACCCCCGCGCCCACUCCGGUGCCUGCCGGGCCGGUGGGGCAAGGCGGGCCCCUGCCCAGCGCCUGCUGGAAUGAGAAGCACAGACUCCGCAAUGGACGCAUCGUCCUCCCCGUCCCCCACCCGGCCAGGCCGGGGUGCCCCUGCCACCCUCGCUGGCCAUUUUGGCGGUAGCGAGGGGGCGUGGUUGUUUCUUGUGGCUGUGUGUGUUUGUUGUUCGGGUUUUUAAAAAAAGGGAAAUUGAGACCGCAAGUGGGGGAGGUGGUGGGUUGGGGGGUCUCCCCCAGUCGCAGGCGUGCCCCUCUCGUAGACGAGUCUCCUUUACUGCCUGCCUCUGCUGUGAAUUAACUUGUUCUGUGUAUUAAACUGGGCCUGAGCCCUCUGCCCA